AUGCCUACUAACGAUCAGAGCGAUGAUGUUCAUGACACCAGCAACCUACCAGACCUUGGGGAUGCGAUCGACAUCGUGACUUUUAGUCAGAUUCUAGAGAUGGACGAUAGUGAGGAUGACCGUGAAUUCAGUAAAUCCAUUGUCUUUGGUUUCUUUGAGCAGGCCGAGGAGACCUUUGAGAAAAUGGACACGGCCUUGGAGUCUCGAAAUCUUGAGGAGCUGUACCGACUCGGCCAUUUCUUGAAGGGCUCUUCUGCGACGCUUGGCCUAACCAAGGUCAAGGACAGCUGUGAGAAAAUCCAGCGAUACGGCAAGAAGGAAAACCUCGACGGCACACCGGAGACGGAUGAGACGCUUUGCCUUACCCGAGUUACGGAGACACUUAAGACGGUCAAGGCAGAAUAUGCCGAUGUAGAGCAAACGCUCAAGAAUUUCUUCAGCACCACCUAG